GCUGCCACAGCGUGUCUGAGCUCAGAUAGGAUGAGAAUGUUUGCAUGGGUUAGUGCUCUGCAGAUCCUGGGGAGGCAGAGGUACUGUAUCUGCUGACUGAGCUCAGAAGAGGUGGAAAAUACGAUUUUUGUGUGUGUUGGUUUCAGGCUACAGGUGGAAUGAAGUCAGAAAAUCGCACCCAACCGAGGAGAAGCUGUGUGAGAGCAUGUGGACAGGCCAACCCUCCAGGCUGCUGCAAGGGGUCGGUUGCACCCUGGACAGCGUCACUACAGAGGGGAGUGUGGGGACCCCUUCAUGCCUCUGUGUUAGCUACUCCAACCUGGAGACCAGAUGCCCAGAGGGAAUCGGUGCUGCACACCUGCUGUGACCUUCCCAGAGCAGAAACCUUGAUGGAUACCCGGACGGCUACAGCUGAGCUAGGCUGGACUGCGAAUCCUUCUUCAGGGUGGGAAGAGGUCAGCGGUUACGACGAGAACCUGAACACCAUCCGCACUUACCAAGUGUGCAACGUCUUUGAGCCAAACCAGAACAACUGGCUCCUCACAACAUUCAUAAACCGACGGGGUGCACACCGCAUUUACAGUGAAAUGCGCUUCACCGUGCGGGACUGCAGCAGCCUCCCCAACGUUCCUGGGUCCUGCAAAGAAACCUUUAACCUGUACUACUAUGAGACAGACUCUGUCAUUGCCACCAAGAAGUCAGCCUUCUGGACAGAGGCACCCUACCUCAAAGUGGACACCAUUGCGGCUGACGAGAGCUUCUCCCAGGUGGAUUUCGGUGGCAGGUUGAUGAAGGUAAACACAGAAGUGAGAAGCUUUGGACCUCUCACCCGCAAUGGCUUUUACCUCGCCUUCCAGGACUAUGGGGCUUGUAUGUCAUUGUUGUCAGUCAGGGUCUUCUUCAAGAAAUGUCCUAGCGUGGUGCAGAACUUUGCCAUCUUCCCAGAGACUAUGACUGGGGCAGAGAGCACCUCGCUUGUGAUUGCACGUGGCACGUGUAUCCCCAAUGCUGAGGAGGUGGAUGUGCCCAUUAAACUGUACUGCAAUGGUGAUGGGGAAUGGAUGGUUCCCAUUGGGCGCUGUACUUGCAAAGCUGGAUACGAGCCUGAGAACAAUGUGGCCUGCAAAGCUUGUCCAGCAGGGAUGUUCAAGGCCAACCAGGGGGCAGGGAUUUGUGCCCAGUGUCCCACCAACAGUCGCUCUACAGCAGAGGCCUCUCCCAUCUGCACCUGCCGCAAUGGCUACUACCGCGCUGAGUCCGACCCGCCGGAGGCAGCGUGCACCAGUGUCCCAUCCGGUCCCCGCAAUGUUAUCUCCAUUGUCAAUGAAACGUCUAUCAUCCUAGAGUGGCACCCACCCCGGGAAACAGGCAGCCGUGAUGACGUGACCUACAACAUUGUCUGUAAGAAGUGUCGGGCUGACCGCCGCAGCUGCUCCCGCUGUGAUGACAAUGUAGAGUUUGUACCCAGGCAGCUGGGUCUGACAGAGACUCGGGUUUUCAUCAGCAACCUUUGGGCCCAUACGCCGUAUACCUUCGAGAUCCAGGCCGUCAAUGGUGUUUCCAACAAGAGCCCCUUUCCUCCACAGCACGUCUCAGUGAACAUCACCACAAACCAAGCCGCUCCCUCCACUGUGCCCAUCAUGCACCAGGUAAGUGCCACCAUGAGGAGCAUCACGUUGUCGUGGCCUCAGCCGGAGCAGCCCAACGGCAUCAUCCUGGACUAUGAGAUCCGUUACUAUGAGAAGGUGAGCCGGAUCUGCACCCCCGAGAUUAGCAGCACUGUGGGCUCAAGACCAGCCACCGACCACAAUGAGUACAACUCAUCCAUGGCCCGGAGUCAAACCAAUACGGCCAGGAUCGAUGGGCUGAGGCCUGGGAUGGUGUACGUGGUCCAGGUGCGAGCCCGGACUGUGGCUGGCUAUGGGAAAUACAGUGGGAAAAUGUGCUUCCAGACACUGACGGAUGAUGACUACAAGUCCGAGCUGAGAGAGCAAUUGCCUCUCAUUGCGGGGUCUGCAGCAGCUGGUGUGGUCUUCAUUGUCUCCCUGGUGGCUAUUUCAAUCGUCUGCAGCAGGAAGCGUGCUUACAGCAAAGAGGCAGUGUACAGUGAUAAAUUACAGCACUACAGCACUGGCCGAGGCUCUCCAGGAAUGAAGAUCUACAUUGAUCCCUUCACUUAUGAAGACCCAAAUGAGGCUGUCCGCGAGUUUGCCAAGGAGAUUGACGUGUCCUUCGUGAAGAUCGAAGAAGUCAUUGGAGCAGGGGAGUUUGGUGAAGUGUAUAAAGGACGUCUGAAACUACCCAGCAAGAGGGAAAUCUAUGUAGCUAUAAAGACAUUAAAGGCUGGCUACUCUGAGAAGCAGCGUAGGGAUUUCCUGAGUGAAGCCAGCAUCAUGGGACAGUUUGACCACCCGAAUAUCAUUCGGCUGGAAGGAGUGGUGACCAAAAGCCGGCCAGUCAUGAUCAUCACAGAGUUUAUGGAGAAUGGAGCUCUGGACUCCUUUCUGAGGCAAAAUGAUGGACAGUUCACAGUAAUCCAGCUAGUGGGGAUGCUCAGAGGGAUUGCCGCUGGCAUGAAGUACCUUGCAGAGAUGAAUUACGUGCACCGGGACCUUGCUGCCAGGAACAUCCUGGUCAAUAGUAACCUGGUGUGCAAAGUGUCUGACUUUGGCCUCUCACGCUACCUGCAAGAUGACACCUCUGACCCAACGUACACCAGCUCCUUGGGUGGGAAGAUCCCAGUAAGGUGGACAGCCCCGGAGGCCAUUGCCUACCGCAAGUUCACCUCUGCCAGCGACGUCUGGAGUUAUGGCAUUGUCAUGUGGGAAGUGAUGUCAUUUGGAGAGAGGCCGUACUGGGACAUGUCCAACCAAGAUGUAAUCAAUGCAAUUGAGCAAGAUUACCGGCUACCGCCUCCUAUGGACUGCCCAGCUGCAUUGCACCAGCUUAUGCUAGACUGCUGGCAAAAAGACCGCAACACCAGACCCCGCUUCACCGAAAUAGUCAACACCCUCGAUAAAAUGAUCCGCAACCCGGCAAGCCUCAAAACUGUGGCUACCAUCACCGCUGUGCCUUCUCAGCCACUGCUAGACCGCUCCAUCCCAGAUUUCACUGCCUUUACCUCAGUAGAAGAUUGGUUAAACGCCAUUAAAAUGAGCCAAUACAGAGACAACUUCCUGACUGCUGGCUUCACCUCCCUCCAGCUCGUUGCCCAGAUGACAUCAGAGGGCAUUACUUCAGUAAUCCAUCCCACAAGGAAAUGGAUACAGGACAAUCCUGACAGGAAGGCUCACCGUCACACAGCCCUCUUCCUUUUUCACUGGCAAGGCACCCCACCACCAUGCUCCACAAGAUGAACUUUGACCUCUCCACAGCAAUGUCAGGCUCUCGUGCUGAGGACUCGCUCUGCCCCAGUGAGCAGAAGCUAUGGGAGCCACCACCUCAGCAGCAUGCACUGUGCCGGUUGGCAGAUACCCUGUCCUGUACAUAGCCAAUGAGAUGUCUGUAAAAGAUUUCGCCCCAUUGUAAUUUUUUUCCCCGAUUUGUUGAUUGUGUUGAAAUUGUCGGAGUUUGUAACAGUACCUUUCAGAGAAUAUUGUACUAAAGAGAAAAUUGCACUCAAUAAAAAUGACAAAAUAA